GUGGAUUAUGGAGAUUAGUCAGAUAACAAUUUCCCAAAAUCAUGGAUAAAGUAGAAAGUAUAAACAAAACUUCUUUACCAUAAAUAUACCAUCUUGUAUUCUUGCUUACCUACACCUUUUUAUACCAUCUUCUUCCUCAUCUAUUCCUCAAAAAUCAACCUAUACUUCUAUAAACUUACACCAAUAUUUCCAUCUAAAACCCACAAAAAAUUAAUUAAAUUAGUGUUAAUUUGUAAUUGUACCUUUCAAUCCACUUCUCUCUUUCUUUCUCAUAAGAUAACACAAAAAAUUCAUUCUCUAGAUCUCAAUCUUAUUUGCUUCUAUUUUUUCCCAUUUAUUUUUCCUAUAUAAAGGUUGAGUCUUUAUAACAUUGACACACAUAUUCUAUUUUUUGGAAUAUACCCAUUUCACAUUUAUUUCCCUCCUUAACAAUUCAAUCAAAUUUCCUUAUUUUUCAACUCAAUUUCGCUUCUUUAGUCCAUCUACAUUUGUGGGUAUCAAUCAAUUUUCCAUUUUUUCAUCAAGAUUCAAACUUUUCAAGAUUUGGGGAUUUUGGAUUUUGGAAGGUGGAGAGGUUUCUUAUCUCCCCUAUAAAUUUAGUUGUUUUUGGCAAUGUCAGCCGAUUUUGGUGAUGAUGUUUCUUACUUAACUUUAUUGCCAAUUUCUUUCAUUUUUGUUUUUAUUUGUUUGAUUUCAAUUUUGAAGAAGAAAAGUAAGGAUGUAAUGGCAGGAAAUGAACUUUUUUGGGACGAUCAUAAUCUUCAAAGACUUAGAUGUUCAGUAAAAAACUAUGAUUGGGGUAAAAUUGGGAGUGAUUCUGAGGUUUAUAGAUUGUAUAGUGCAAAUUCUGUGAGUAAUAAAUUGGAUCCCAACAAACCUUAUGCCGAAUUUUGGAUGGGAACCCAUGAAUCUGGUUCAUCUUAUGUGGUCAAGAAAAGGAACAUUUUGGGUAAUGCAAAAUGUGGAGAUUCUGAAGGUGAUACUCUUAAGGCUUGGAUUGCAAAGAACCCUAAUGUGCUUGGUAAUAAAGUUGUAGAGAAAUGGGGUUAUGAUCUACCCUUUUUGUUCAAGGUGUUGUCGGUUGCAAAAACAUUGUCUAUACAAGCUCAUCCAUGUAAAGAGUUAGCAAAGGAAUUGCACAAAAAGGAUCCUAGGGUUUACAAAGAUGACAAUCAUAAGCCAGAAAUGGCUCUUGCUAUUACAAAAUUUGAGAUCCUUUGUGGUUUUGUUGGAAUAGAGGAUCUUCAAAAGAUUCUUAAAGGCGUUCCGGAAAUCUCUCAGUUAGUUGGUGCUCCUGUAGUAGAUCAAGUUUUAAAUGUCACUUUAGAAGACGGCGAGGGUGUAGUUAAAGCUGCAUUGAAACAACUCUUUACCCACAUCAUGUCAGCAAGUGAGAAUGUCGUCGCUGAGGUUCUGUCUCAGUUGAUUAGUCGCUUAAGGAAGAAGGAAGAUUACCAGUUAACAUCAGAAGAGAAGCUUGUCCUGCGGCUUGAAGAACAAUAUCCCGGUGAUGUGGGCGUACUGGCUGCUUUUCUAAUGAACUUUGUAACUCUUAACCCUGGUGAGGCCUUGUGGUUGGGGGCCAACGAACUUCAUGCCUAUGUAUCCGGUGAUUGCAUCGAGUGUAUGGCAACUUCAGAUAAUGUUGUUCGGGCUGGUCUAACUCCGAAGCAAAGGGAUGUGAAAACUUUGUGUGAAAUGCUCACCUACAAACCGGGUCGUCCUAAUAUUCUUAGGGGCUUUAAUGUCGAGGGCACCGAAGGACGCACAACAAGGUACCGGCCUCCAUUUGAAGAGUUUGAGGUAGAUCAUUGUGAUCUUCCUGAAGGAACUUCGACCAAGUUUCCGGCAAUGGCUGGACCAUCGUUAUUUUUGGUCACAGAAGGGACGGGAACAAUAAGUACUACGCCCUUCUCGAUGGAGAAUAUAAGGGUAGGCGAUGUGUUGUUUGCACCGGCUAACACAAAAUUGAGCAUAGCAUCGACUGGUAAACGGUUGCAACUGUAUCGAGCUGGAGUGAACAGCAAAUUCUUGUGAAAUCUCUGCCAUACAUGCCAUAUCUGCUGCAUAGCUUAUUUUUCAGAUAAUUCUUUUGGCUAUCUCUUUGCAUCAUUAAUUUCACUAUUUUGAGAUUUGAUGUAACUUUAUAUAUCUGUUAAUUUUAGCCAAAAAGAAAUAAAAAAAGCUUAUGUUGUACACAUGCUAUCACAAAAGAGUAUAGUAAAAGAAUUAGCAAAAGAAAAUUUUCACAUA